CAAACCCUGAACAAAUUUGGGUCAGAAUUGUUUGACCUGGCCUUGAGUAAAAGUCAAGCUUAUUUUGAAGAGAACGAGAAAAAAUUUACUUUUAGGUAAGGAAAAUUCAGCCUUUCGACAGCAAUGAAUCUCAGCAUUCUUGUGCUGCUGUGUGCAUUGAUCCUGACCUUAACCACAGCGUCGCUUAUCAACUAUGCCUCCGACGAUGCGACGGCAGAUAUCGCCGCCCUACGACUGGAAAUCGAUGUUCUCGCCGACGAAUUGAAGAGCUCCAAAGAAGACUCGAAAAAAUUCAACACGCGACUCGGAGCCUUGACCCGUCAGAUGAUGUUGCAACAACUUUUCAUCGAGGAACGUCUUCGGUCGGAGGGGCAGUCGGGCGUUAAACAGACGCGAAAUGGGGUGGGAGGGACCAAGUCCUAUCACCACAACUCACACGUUGGCAAACGCAUUGUUGCAAUUCACGAUCAUUCGAACAACAUUCGAACGGUGGGAAUGGGCGAGUUCAUCGGGGUUUUGAACGGGGUCGAGUUUCGUACCCGGCAUAAUGACUACCGGCUGUACAUGCCCAGCCAUGAUUCGAGUGAAUUUCACAAAACCGAGGAUCUACCCUUCCCAGAUGUCCCACCGGAGGUGACAUCAAAGGGAUCCGUCACUGAACAAGUCAAGGAGAUGGUGGAAUGGUUCAAGGCGUGGAAAAAUGAAGAUCACAGUGUACGAGAUUACAGGAAGUACUUCAGACCUGCUUUGUGCUACCUUGAGGGAACGUGGACGAAGAAUUCGAAAAAUAUUGACGAGCCUUUUGAAAGCGAUCGCCAUUUUGUUGACGCAAGCAGCUGGUUCGAUCUUCAGGAGAAAAUCCGCUUCACCUCUUACACCGGACGCAAAGACAACUUGGAGAAUUUCGCCUACCUUCCAACAACGAUCAUGGAAACUGUGAAUGAAACUACGGCUGUUUUUGCCCAGUGGAAUUACCGUAUUUUAUGUCAUCCUCUGAAAGAUUAUCUUCCAGUGAACAGGUUACGUAUUGUAGAUGACCUGGCAUCCAGGCUUUCAUGGAAGCGAACGGUCGAAGAACAACUACAGACCCGCGCAGCCCGGUUUCAAGUCAACCCUAAAGACACAGGUACAUGGAAGGAAAGCAUGGGGCGAUUUGGUCUGCUCGAUAAACUCAUGGGCCAAAUCCCCGGUAAGGACAAUUACCCGGCGAACAUUGUCGACGGCGCCUUGGGCCAAGAAGCGUAUUCCAUGGAUCCGGAAAAAGACGGGCAGAAGUUGAAUGCUGGGUAUUAUCACCGCUGGUACAAGGUAAUGGAGAAAGGAGCCAUGGGUGUUCAGACGCGACAUCGAGGAUUUUCCGACCCGAAUCUCUUUGUGGCGAUGACGAAACAGCCCAGCGUUGCAGGCAUGAAACUGAACGUUUGCAAAGGAAGGGGAAAAAACAAAAUUUGCACAAAAUACGAACAAAAAGUGUCGUACGCGAUACCGCUGGAGAUAAUCUACCUCACACCGCUGAACAAAUGGAAUCCACACAAGCUUGUUUACAAAGGAGAUCAGCGCAGCGACCUGGGUAAGACUGUGACGGCCAACGGUCGUAAUGGCGGGAAAACGUCAGCGAAAGCCUACGAUGGCGUCAACAGCAGAAUCUACUACAUCACCCCGAAUGAGUUCUUCGCGGGCACAGAAACUCAUGUCGAUGCCGCUGACACAACGAAAGGCUCGGUUGGGGUCUUAGAUCCGAACGGGGAAGUGCGCAUGGUCCGGGCAUCCGGUACCCGAAUAUUCCUUCCAAAUAUACCAGGAGUUGGCAUCCUUAGAACAAGGUAUCCCAUUAUGCCAAUACACGUUGAAGGUGGUACUGCCUGGAAAGAGAUACAAGCCGUUGGAGAUUUCCUCAUGGAGUCUAGCACGCAUGCGCGUCUCUUCCGCGAGAAAUUGGCGGCGCAAGAAGGUGGGACCGCAAAACCUUCGCCAGAGGAAAACACCGAUGUGGUUUUACGAACCGGGCAAUCGAAAUCAACAAUGACCUCCAUUCAUAAUCACGAAGUCACUCUGAGUGAAGAGCAAGUGCGCAUGGUCAAAGCUGGUGGCAAUGUUACCAUGGAGACGAGCGAGGCUAACUCGCAUCAGCACAAGAUCACUAUCAAAUGGCAUAAAAGACGAGGUUUCUACAUGGCGUUGUGUGCUUCAACACCAGAGAUAACAAAAGCUUUCCUAGCGAAGUGCAAAGAUAAGCACUCAGCGAUUAUGACUAUAGUCAAGAACGUGUAAACGGAAACAGAAGAUCUUAUCUUUUUAUCCACUUUGAUUCAAUGACCUCGCUUUGUGUCAAGUAUUUAGUCACGUUUCGUUCACAUUAGGAUUAAAUAAUUACACGAUAUUGGAUAUAUGACAAAUAAAAAACAAACUCGGGUAUUAAUUGCAUGUUCUGUAAAUGCUAAUUACACGAGUUUAAUCAUUGGGAUUAGGUUUGGAUUAGGAUUUAAUCUAAUCUUUAUGCUAAUCUAAUCUCAAGGAAUAAGUUCGCGUAUUUAUUAUCUGAACAUUGAUUUAUGACCCAGACUCACAUGAAUUCAACGUGAGUUUGUCCUGCCAGGGAUUGCAAACGUGGAGCGAGUUCAUUUGAUGAAAAGGGAAGUAGGAUGAGGUCUUUUAGCUACGAAUUAGUUUAGAAACAAAUGCAAUAUUAAGAUGAAACGGUGGUGGUAGAAUGUAGAUUACGUAUAACUAUAUAAUUAUUGUAUCUUUCUGAAAGUUCUUUAAAUAAAAUAAGUCAU